UUGCAAAAAAAAGAGAAAAAUUGGGGCAAAAGAGUAAACAAAAAAUGACACAUAAUGAAGAAAGAGGACAUUGGGUUAAAGAAGGUGUCAUUGGACUCGGAGUUGGAGUUUUAUAUGGAGUCACAAAUGUCUGUGUUGGCCAUCCUUUUGAUACCAUUAAAACAAAAAUGCAAGCUCAAGCAGGAUUCGAAAAAUCUAACAUGUUCCAGACUUUAGCCAAAACUCUUAGGACUCAGGGGGUUAUUGGUUUAUACAGAGGUUGUAUACCACCAUUAUGGGGAUCAGGCAUUUACAGAUCGUCACAGUUUGCUGUGUUUGAGGCGGUGUAUACAAGACUUGAUUCACCUCUUGGGAGAUCUGAAAUUCCAGGUACGGGAGCUUUACAGUUGAGAGUUAUAGGUGCUGGUGUAAUUGCCUCAACAACAAGAGCUAUAAUAGAAACUCCUUUAGAAUUUGCUAAGGUGAGAAGACAAACACAGCAGACCUGGCAUUUGAAGGAUGUUUACACGGGUUUUGGAGUAACUUGGGUUAGAACUAUUGGACUUAUGACAACCUACUUCAUACUAGUUGAUUCUGGCAGACGACACUUUCCUGAACAGUUUAAGAAACCUUUGAUUGGACCAUUUCUAACAAGUGGCAUUGCUGCCACACUAGCUUGGUGGAUUGUGUGGCCUUUAGAAUACAUGAAGUGUCAAAUUCAAAGUAAUUAUGGAGAGAAAGUUUCAGUAAUACAAAAGAUGAAGAUAGUUAUAAAAGAAAGAGGUGGAUUCUUUGGACUGUAUAGAGGUAUCAUGCCUGGCACAAUCAGAAGUUUCUUAGCCAAUGGUACAAGUAUGGUAGUCAUGCAGUUUGCUCAAAGGAAAGUGACAGAAUUAGGGUUAAGGGAUUAAAGGUGAAUAAUUAAUCGUCAAGGAAAAAAAUGAAAAGUGUCGGUCAAUUGGUUCAGUCAAAUAUGCCUUAAAAGUUGAAAUGUUCAAUAUGGUUUGAAAUUGUUAAAGAUACUAUUUUCAAAAUUAAACCUGUAACAAAAGAUUUAACAUUACUUUUUUUAAACAAAAAAUCUACAAAAUUGAUUUAAUGGACAAAAGCUAUGAAGAUUUAGCCUACAGAAAUUUAGUGUUUAAAUGAUAUAAGAAAUAAAUUCUGACUUCACAGCUGAAACAUAUGAAGAUUAAAAGUAAUGGUUAGUGGUUAGUUUGUGUAGUUGACUAUACCCUAUGGUUAAACGUUUUUGCAGCAUUUUAAGGGAGAUUAAAAAAUUGCUUAUUACUAGAAACUAUCUUUGGUAUUAGUUUGGAUGAAAGACAUUUGAUUGACACCCUGUUCAUUUCCUUGACAGAAUAGUUGUAUAGAAGUUAUUUCAAGUCUUUCAGUUUUUAUUUUACAAUAAACUCAGGAUGCUGUUGUAUUAAAUAUUUAUUGUAUAUACAGAUAUAGAUUUUAUUGUGAACUAAUUAUAAGGCAGCUACAUUGUGAUAUUAUACUCAAGAACAGCUAUGACAAUUUAUUUUUAGCUUUAUAAUAUGCUUGUGUAGGUGUAAUGAAACCAUAGACUUUCAUUCUUAUUUCUAUUAGAAUCAUUUCCAUUUGGAUUUAUUUUAUAUUAAAAUGUUUUUUACUCGUAAGAUUACCUUUUCAUAUACAUCAUGAGAACAAACAAAAAAAGUGUAAUGUCAGAAGAGGGAGGUUUAGGUUAUUUUUUUUUUUUCAAAAAAAAUUCUGGUUAAGCAGUGGCAAAAAAAAUAUAUUCUGAAUCUAAAUUUUUCCCAUACCUCAAAGUGUUAAAUUUUGGAAAAAAAAUGAUAUGGUAGAAAAACAAAAUGAAAUAUAAAAUUGUUCACUGUUUUGUGUAAAAAAAAAAAUUUCACCAAAAAAUACCAUAACCCCCCUUGAAGUUAAAUGGUUGCUGUCUAGCUUAUUGAGAUAAAAAAAAAAACAUACAAAUAAUGCAAUUAACAAGUUUAAAAUAUAAAGUAUUUAAAUUUAUCCCAUAUCCAUUUUUGCAAUACUAAAACAUUGUAAAAUUUUCUGAAUUUAAAGUACCUUAAUAAUGUCAUUUCAAUAAGGUAGUUUACAUGAAUAUGUGUUGUUUUCUAGUCAUCUGUUGUAGUUAAAAGUGUCCAGUAUUAUCUAUAUUUCAUAUUAUAAAAUUUAAAGAAACUGCACCACUUAUCAAUCUCAAGCUUUAAAUUCUCUUUUAGUGUAUUUAUUUGUUUCUAAGAACCAAAGAGCCAGUGUGAGUUUUGCCAUCACUUGGUGUCUGUCAUCCAUUAUUGUCAUCACCUGUUGACUUUCACAAAGGUCAUCUGCUCUGAUACUACAGGUCCAGUAAUUACCAACGUUGCUACAAUCAUCAUUGGGAUAUCAAGUUUGAAAAAUGUGUCUGAUGACCCAUGCCUACUGACAAACUUGGCUGAUAUUGCUAUAAAUACAACAAAAAAUUUAUUAUUUGUCUAUAAUCUUGAACCACAGCUAUAGAUAGAUAAAAUGUUAAAAAUAAUGAUAUUUACCUAAUGUCUUUGACAUCAAAAUUGUUUGGCAACUUCUAAUAGGAGUUAUUGGCCUCAAAUAAUAAAUAUUAUUUUUUUUUUACAUUUUGCCUAUUAUCUUGAAAACUAUAAUAGGUAUAUAGAAACUUUUGAAUAGAAAAAAUGACCAAAUAAACAAGAAAUGUCUUUAUCUUGAGAACUUUAAAUGAAAAAUAGAAACUUAAAAUAGAAACUUUAAAAAAGAAAAAUGACCUGCAGUAUAAGAUCUACAAACUCAUCAACAGGACUGAAAUAGUCAGUUAACUUUAAAGGGUUAAUCCCCUGAAAUGAUGAUUUGCCAAUGCUGGUGGACGUUUUGUCCCCGAGGGUAUCACCAGCUCAGUAGUCAACACCGAAGUGUUGACAUGAAUAUCAAUAAUGUGGUCAUUUUUAUAAAUUUCCUGUUUACAAAACUAUGAAUUUUUUUGAAAAACUAAGGAUUUUCUUAUCCCAGGCAUAGAUUACCUUAGCCAUAUUUGGAUCAAUUUUUUGGAAUUUUGGAUCUUCAAUGCUCUUCAACUUUGUACUUGUUUGGUUUUAGAAAUAUUUUGAUUUGAGCGUCACUGAUGAGUCUUAUGCAGACGAAACGCAUGUCUGGCGUACUAAAUUAAAAAUGUAUAAUCCUGUUACCUUUGAUAACUAUUUACUAUUAAAAAAAAGAAUGAAUGAAUGAAAAGAAGGCAUUGUUGAAGAAGCAGGUCAGCAACACAGGCUCUUUAUAGCCUCUAGUUUAAAAGGGUGCUAGUUAAAAGAAUGUCAGAAGAAUGAGAAACUUGAGAUUUUUUAAGUAAAAUUUUACUCAAAGAAUAUUGUGCAAUUUUCUAAACAUUAAUAAAAUUUUCUAUGGUCUCAUGUUUUGUUUUGUAUAAAUGCAUUUAUAUAUAGUUUGUUUUCCUGUUGAUUUAUACACUGUUAACUAGUAUGUGAGCUUUUUGGUAACAUUUUAUUCAUUUCACAUGUAUCAUGUGAUUUUAACAAUUUAUAAUAAUAAAUGGUGCAAACUUAUGGCUUUUAAUGUUUAUUAGUCAGGAGACUAUAAUUGAUAUUGUUAUACUGUUUUAUGUCUGUUGUAGUGUAAUUUCACCUUAAAAUGACGUGAUACUCCCAGAAAUGUUUUUUUUAUAUAAUCCAACCUUUUGGAUAACUAUUUUAAAUAUUUUGUACAUCGAAAGAGAAAGGAGUAAUUUCAUCUACAUAUCUUUAUUGGUGCAAAAGAAAAUAUAUUUUUGGCGGUGAUGUUUAUUUUUUUGUCCAAAUGAUGUGCUGAUUGCCUCAAAUGCAAAAUGCAUAUCUAAAGUCAUUCAUGUAAUAUAGUUCCAGUUAAUGUGCCUAUAUCAAGACUAUUUACCUUAUAUCUAUAUAUGGAAAACUUUGGGAGAAACUCAAGCAUAAUAGUAUUAAUCUGAGAUUACUAUUUAAGAUCUGUAUUUAUAUAUAUAUAUAUUUAAAUGUGUUAUCUAUUUAAACCAUAUUGGGAAUAGGGACAAUCAUGUAUGUGUCUGUGUUAUGUAUUAUACAUGUCUUACAAUUGUAUACAAUAUAUCUAACUAAUGGAAUUAUAAUGACAUUUGUUGAUACAAUAUUUUGUCAUCUAGUACAUUGUAAUCAAAAGUCAAUUCAUUUUAUUCAAUGUAUUACAAUUCGGUUGUAAAAUUGACUAUUGAAAUCUAUUAGGAUCGUGUUGAAAGGCCUAAUGUUGACCUAUAUUUGCUUGCAGUUAUAUCAUUUGGUAAAACUUAUUGAUAGUUAUCUUUUAGGCAAUCAUGAUUAUAUUUAUACAUGGAAAAUAGUAAAGAUAAAAUCAAGCAUAAUAGUAUUAACCUUAGAUUAUUUUGUUUAGAUCUGUAUUUAUACAUGUAUAUGUGUUAUCUAUUUAAACCAUAUUGAGAUAAGGUACAACGAUGUAUGUGUCUGUGUUAUAUAUGUCUUAUAAUUGUGUACAAUAUAUCUCACUAAUAAAAUUAUAUUGAUAUUUUUGGUACAAUAUUUUGUCAUCUAGUACAAUGUAAUCCAAAAUCAAUUCAUUUUAUUCAAUGUAUCACAAUUUGGUUGUAAAAUUGACUAUUGAAAUCUAUAAGAAUCGUGUUGAAAGGCCUUAUGGUGACCUAUAUUUGCUUUAAUUUAUGUAAUUUUCGAACUGAUGGAUAUUUAUCUUCUAGGCAAUCAUACCAUAUCUUCUUAUUUGCAUAUGGGACCAAAAAUUUUGAUGAAGCCAAAGUUUUAAUGUAAUUGUUCUAAUAAAUAUUUGAAUGUAUUAAAAACAAAGACUAAAAUUUUAAUAAAGACAAUUUUUCUUUUUAUGAUACAAUCAGAACAAAUAUAUUCUCAAAUUGCAGUAGUAGGGUAAUUAUUACCUACAUUCCAUGUUUGUGCAUAUUUCAUCAUGUUUUUUUAAAGUAAUUACAUGUUUAACUUCUCUUGUAAUUAUCAUUAUAGUUGGGCAUUAGUAGAUACAUCAUCUAGCUAACAAAUUGAACUUAAAAUAAUAAUUAUGGUAAAACAUGCCUUGAAACAAACCUCAGAAAAUUGUAGGAAGAGUUCCUUAAAGUACAGAGAUUGUAAUAUUAUCCCUACAUGAGAGUAGGGCAUACUUUUGAGGUAUUAUAUUAAUACAUCCUUAACAGUCAGAUGGAUGUCCUUCUUUUACAUGCUGAAAAUUAGAAGACUAAUUGACCAUAAUUGUAUUUACCUGUCAACCCAAAUUAACCAGGUAAAUUGCAGAACAAAAAUUUGUACUUUUACUGAAAAGUCAAUCUUUACAAAAUUUGCAUAAAUGUAAUAUGGCUAAAAAAAACAUUGCAAAAAAUUUCUAUCAAAACUUUUGUCCCUGUUUUUCAAAAAAAUAUUAUAAACCCAAAGUGAAAUGGUAAUGAUAGAUUAGCCUUAAAAGACAAGAUAGUGUAUUGAACAAAAUUAGUUUGAAAUUAUUGUAAUUCUAAAAUGUUAAUACUGUGUAAAGCAAAUGUUUUAAAAGAAGGUACUGUUGUUAUUGUUUGCUUGUUUUGCACCAACUGAGUUUAUAUGGCUGAAUUAUGUUCUUGUUGUUAUAUUUUGUCACAUUUAUUUAAUCUGAGAUCUUUGUGGGUUAUUUUAAUACUUUGAAUUUUACUAAUUUUAUAGAAGUGUGCUUUAAUGAUAUAUUUUUUUAAUUUAUCUGAAAAUAAUUUUUAGUUUUCACUGGUUACCGUUCAGAAUUUUUUAUACAGAUAAAGUUCCUAAAUCAUGGAUGGCCAUGAUAAUCUUGUAUCAAGUUUGCUUAUUUUUGUUUGUUUUAAAUGACAUGAAAUAAAAUCAUUGAUAGAAAUAUGCAUAGAAAGGUUAUCUCAAGACACAUGGGGGAUAGUUUGUCAUUGGUGUCAAGGGUAUUUUAAAAGUGAUUCAUAAAAACCUUUGUAUAAAUGAGUACAGAGAUUUUAUAAAAAUUAAUGUUGCUGCCUAAGAACAUGCUUUAAUGGUAUUAAACAAAUUUUGAUUUUAAAUAUUUCUAAACAUUUAGUAUUUAUUGAGCUGAAUAAUUUCCUGAUUCUGACUAAAUAACACUAUUUGUUACAAAUUCUUAAUUGGGAAUCCAUUUUUUGUCAUAUAGUGAAAAAAGAUUUAUUUGAUUAUACCACAAGUGGUAAAAAAUUUAUUAUGUAUAGAUCCUCGUCUUGGACACUUUUGUACACUUAACCCAACAUCAACGAUACAAAUACUUAUUCCAAAAUAGGUUCCUAAUUUCAAACGGAAAUUUUUAGAUUUCACCAUGGUUUAUUAACAGAACUGGUGCAUGACUUAUAUAUGAUUAAUUUGUGUCUUAUUUAUUUUUAUUUUUAUUUUUUUCAUAUUAUGCAUUUUAUUCUUUUCAGAAUGUUGUAAAUGGUUUUUUAUUCUACACUUACGUAUUUUUAAUAGUACAUCUUUUAAUAGAGUUCAACGUUUUCUUAUAAACUUGAUUCUCUAAAGCUCCAAAAAUGUUAUAGAGACAGUACAAAUAUACAUUACCAUAAUAAUUGAUUUAUUAAUGUUUAUUUAUGAAUAUUAUAAACUCCUUUAUUGUCAAAAUACAAAGU